AUGGUGCGCGGGUCCAUGGGAACCGGUGGGCGACCGCGGGAGCUAGAUGACUUGGGAUCCCAACCAGACGUGCCAGAACGGGACCCGUCGCAGGGAGGAGCACAGGAUGCAGCACAGGAUGCAGCAGGAGAAGCCUCGGUCGAGCCACCCAGCGAACGUCCACGGGGGUAUUCACAACGCAAUACCAAAGGCUAUGAUGAGCUGGCAAUGCUGCUGGCACGCGAACCGCCGGCGCUCAUUUUCCGGCGCUUCACGGAGCUGAACACCAAAAAUUUGUUGUAUAUGCAGGCCGAGCUGACAUUUUACGAGAUGUGUCUGCAGCGUCAUUCAGAAGCGCUCGCUCAAGACCCAGAUCCUGAGCAACGCCCCGAAGCGCACUCGGUGCUGGAAAUACUCCAGCAUCCCGAAAGCGAGCACUGGCAACAGAUCUUGCAGGUUCGGGAGCUGCUACAGAAAUAUAAUACCGCUCUAGAACAGCAUCGGCGAUUGCUUCAACUGGAACCCCCGCAUCCGUCGGACCUUCGCAACCACCGGAUCCUCAAGGAACUCGUGGACAAGAACCUUACACCCGGAGAAUACGUUGACGUUGUCCUAGAUCCCACCGAGCAGUGGGAUGAGAGCCCCAGUUACGAUAGGGAACGCGGGGUACACUGGGGAUUCCGAAAUCGUCGCAAGAUCAAUGUGUUCACACAUUCUCUCUUUCUCGUCCUGACGAGCGGGACGAUCGCCUUAGUGAUGUGGGGAUUGUCCUACAUCAAGGGGGGAAAUCAACGCCUGUGGUUUGCCAUAGCCAUGAUCCUCCUCUUUGUGAUUUUGGUUGGGCUGAUGGUCCCCGCUCGACGGGCCGAAAUCAUUGCGAUGGCAAGCGCGUUCGCCGCGGUUGGGGCGUCUCUCCUGGUCAAUUCGGCUACCGGGCAGAGCAACCACACUGGCUCCCCGCCCGCCCGGCGGGUCAUUGAUACCUCCUCAUAG